UUCUUCCGGGGAGGACAAGGCUCUGUGUGGAUUUACUUCGUCUUUGUGCUGCUGGUUUGCUGCUGGGAAGCGACUCUAGGACAGCUCUCUUACUCCGUGUCAGAGGAGGUAAACCAAGGGACCGUGAUCGGAAAUAUUGCCAAAGAUCUCAACCUAAAUGUUAAGGAUGUGGACAGCCGUAUGUUCCAGAUCGUUGCAGGAUCGAAGAAAAAAUAUUUUGAGGUAAAUCUAAAGACCGGUGCUCUUUAUGUCAAUGAGAGAAUAGAUCGAGAGGAACUGUGCGCUGAUGAAGCAAAAUGCUCAAUAAGUGUAGAAGCAGUUCUUAAUAAUCCUCUGAAAUUGCAUCGCAUUGAAAUUCUAAUUCUAGACGUAAAUGAUAAUGCUCCCAGUUUUCUUAUUGGUCGUCAAAUGAUUAACAUCAGUGAAAGCACGGCAGCAGGAACUAAAUUUCCGCUGCAUCCCGCCCAUGAUGCGGACAUUGGCAAAAAUACAGUACAAACCUACAGACUUAGUCAGAAUGAACACUUUUCUCUAGCAAUGCAAAAAGGAGAGAGUGCAACGCCUGAACUUGUAAUUCAGAAAGUGUUAGACAGAGAAAAGCUGUCUGCGAUUCGGCUCCUACUGACGGCUUUGGACGGAGGAACGCCUGCAAAAUCAGGCUCCAUGGUGGUUAUCGUAAAUGUGUUGGAUAUUAAUGAUAACGCCCCUGUUUUCAGUCAAACUCUGUACAAAGCCAGAGUGUAUGAGAACGUGAAGCUCGGUACGCCAAUCAUAAGUUUAAAUGCUACCGAUUUAGAUGCGGGGGAAAAUGGACACGUAACAUAUUCAUUCAGUGAAGUAGGUCGUGGUAAACAGACUGAGCUCUUUGAAAUUAAUGAAUAUACCGGAACAGUGACAAACAAGAAGAAUAUAGACUAUGAAGAGACUAAUGCAUUUGAGAUUCGCGUUCAGGCCAGUGACGGAGCUUCCUCGCCUAUGACUUCAAACGCUAAAUUACUUAUUGAAGUACUAGAUGUGAACGACAACGCUCCUGAAAUUACAGUUACCUCUCUAUUAAAUACAGUGAAAGAAGAUUCAUCCAUUGGCACCGCGAUUGCUCUUGUUUCUGCAUUCGAUAAAGAUAGCAGUAAAAAUGGAAUGGUGAACUGUAAAAUUUCAGACAACAUCCCAUUUAAACUAGAGUCAAACUAUAAGAAUUACUAUUCUUUAGUUGUGGAUGGAGCUCUGGACAGAGAACGAGCACCUUACUAUAAUAUUUGCAUCACAGCCACAGACGAAGGGAGCCCGCCUCUUUCAAGCACCAGCGUCAUUAUUGUUCACGUCUCUGAUGUAAAUGAUAACAAACCUCAUUUCACGGAAGACAUUAUAAACAUCUUCAUAAAAGAAAACGGUGCAACAGGAAAAGUUAUUAAAAAAGUGUCAGCAGUGGAUGCAGACAUUGAACAAAAUGGUCAAAUUAGUUAUUCAAUUUUACAUGAUAACAGCAACUCGCUGCCUCUUAGUUCCUUGCUAAGUAUUAACUCACAGACUGGAGAUAUAACCAGUCUGCAGUCUUUUAACUACGAGGAGUUGAAAACGUUUCAGUUUAAAGUUCAGGCUACAGACUCUGGUGUUCCUCCGCUCAGCAGCAACGUGACUGUUAAUGUUUUAGUCCUCGAUGAAAAUGAUAAUAAUCCAACUAUUUUAGCUCCUUAUUCUGAGCACGGCUCUGUUAACAGUGAGACCAUCCCUUAUUCUGCUGAAGCGGGAUACUUUGUAGCAAAGAUCAGGGCUGUGGACGCAGAUUCUGGAUACAACGCGCUGCUUUCCUAUCACCUGUCGGAGCCAAAAGGAAACAACCUGUUCAGGAUCGGAACCAGCGCCGGAGAAAUUAGGACUAAGAGGAGAAUGAGCGACAAUGACCUGAAAACUCACCACUUGUUGGUGUUAGUUUCUGAUAAUGGAGAACCUUCUCUGUCAGCCACUGUUUCUAUUGAUGUGAUGGUGGUUGAAAGCACAGCUGAUGUCCAGACUCAGUUCAGACAUGUGCCUAUAAAGGAGGACAGCUUCUCUGAUUUGAACUUGUAUCUACUGAUCGCCAUCGUGUCAGUGUCUGUGAUCUUUCUGCUGAGUCUCAUCAGUUUAAUAGCUGUCAGAUGCCACAGGACAGACAGUGAUUUCAGCAGGUACAGCGCCCCCAUGAUCACCACCCACCCUGACGGGAGCUGGUCUUACUCUAAAGCUACUCAGCAGUAUGACGUGUGUUUCAGCUCAGACACACUGAAGAGUGACGUAGUGGUUAUUCCCCGCACCGUUUCCACCUGUAGAUGCUGAACUGAUCAGUAUUAACGGAAGCAGACACUUUUACCAGAACUCAGACUUUACCAAGCACAGACAAGGUAAGAUCGUUGCUAAAUUCUUGUUACUU